UUCCACUCGAUCUCAUUUCUUUUGGUUUCCUCUUCUACUUAUCCACUAAUUUCUUUUGAAGAUUAAACAUAAGAAAUCUUCAAAAUCUUUCCAAUGAUUACAUCAGUUCUCUUUUAAAGAAUUCAGUGGAGAUCUGUUAUCUCCAUUACCCAGAUUUCUAGGGUUCCUAAACCCUCUUCUGCUAGUUUUCUUCAUGGUGUCUUUCUAGAAAGCCCUACUGCGAAACUCUUCUCUACCAGCAGUAAUUCUCAUGUCAAAAAAGUUACCCAAACAACAAGUGCAAGUGUGAAUGAUAAAAGAGAGCCCAAUGCACUGAAUUCUGACCAACAGCAGGGUGGUCCAGUACCUCCGUCAGUUAAAGAAAAUGGUGAUAAUGAUAAUCUGCAUGGGGAUGGUGAUGAAAACAGCAACAUUGCUGGAGAUUCUGAGGAUGGUCCAGUUGUUCCACCAGUUCAAGCAAAUGAUGAUGAUGAUAAUGUUAAUCUGCCUAACGAUGGUGAUAACAAGAAGAAAGGUGCCAGAGAUUGUGAGACAGGUCCUGCCCCACCUUCUGGAGCAGAUAGAUUGGCAGGUCUACUAGUUGCAGCGGAUGAGGCAAUCAAAAGGCUACUGAAUGAAGCUGGUCUAGAUUUAAAUGCUGUAAAUCUACAUGGGCAAAAGCCAAUUGAAGUGGCUGCUGCUAAUGGUAAUCGUCGAGGUGUUGAGAUUCUUUUCCCCUAGACUAAUCAAAUUCCAUCAUAUGUUGAUUGGAGCAUUGAUGGAAUAAUGAAGCAAAAUUUCUAUAAUGAUGAUAAGGCAAAGAACCAGAAGUCUUCUGCAUUGGAUCAGCUUUUCAAACGGGUCAAUGAUGCAACCCCAAUGGAGUCGGAAUUCUGGAAGUUGGUUAAAAAGGUUGCUAUGGUAGCUGGACUUAGGUCACUAACAUACAACGCCCUAAAAUGUGGCAGUGACUAUUUCUCUGGUGGGGAAGCCACCAAUGACAUGAUUCUGAAGGAAGUCCGGGAAGUAACUAGGAUACUGGGUGACAUGGCCUCAGGCAGUAGUACCAAAGGCGUUGAUGAGUUAGCCCAGAAGGUAGAUGCGGUAGCAGCUGACUUGGUUGCGUCAAACAGCAGUACAAAGAAUGGUCUUGCAGAAGUAAAGGUGUUGGCCCAGAAGUUUGAUGCGUUAGCAGCUGAUAACACGAAGUUAAACACCGAGGUGGUUGCACUCAAGCAAUCAAUUGCUCAAAGGCCCAGCAUAGUAGCUUAUCCAUUGUAGGAGUUAAACAUCGCACACGUUAAUAACUACACGAAGUAAACCUGAGCGAAGAGCAUCGCACAUAGCAAAGUUGAGAUGAAGCAUCAGAUGAUUCAGUAAAGUCACGAGUAAAGUGUGAAGAAUUAUGGGAAGAAGUAUACUAUGCGAAGAUGAGCGAUUGUAUAUGAGCGAAUAUGUCGCAUAGAGAUCCCGAAAAUAAUGGAAUUCUUAGCUGUCAUCCACUAUGUAAAAUCCUAUAUAAAGGAGAGAGUCAUUGUUUCUGGGAGGAUUCUAGGACAAGUCUUGAUCAAGAAAUGGGGGAGAGAGAAAGUAAAUCUAGGUUUCAAGUAGAAUUGUUGUAAUACUUGAAUCUAUUUUGUAAACAUUCCCAACCUUCAAUUAAUAAGACAAGAGUUCAUAA